GUAUUAAUAAAAGUGCAUCACAUAUUGUUUUAAAUCGAACAGUUGUUGACAAAAAUUCCAUUUCCUCGGCUCCAUCUGAUUUUAUUACAUCAAUAAUGUUCAAAAUUGUUCAGAAAAAUAAAACGUGUUAGGCCUGAAAGUCAAAUUUAAAGUGAGGACGAGAUGCUCAUCGAGUCGAACGGAUAACGCGAACAAUGUCUAAGUUCCUCAUACUUCUCAGCCUUUCAUCAGCAAAAGCCGUCGAAUUGUCGCAAGAAUUUGCAGAUUUUUCCGAGAAUCCUCUGAUAACAUUUAGCGAAUUGAUAUCGGUACUUCACUCGAGGGGUGUGUAUGUCGUCCUUGCCGCAUUGAUAAUCGUCUCUUUCGUGAUAUCCGCGUUCACCAAUAAGUUUUCUGAUGAGAAGGAGCCAGACGAAGAUGAGAGAUCCGGAAAAACUCUUUCGUCAUCACUCUUUUGGAGUUUGCUAUUACCAUCACCUUGUCAGAAAGAAAGAAUAAAAAUGGUAAAAUGUGAAACAGAAGAUCUAAAAACGACUUUAGAAACGUUGAAGUCUGAACUGGACCUAGCAAAUAGAUCUAAAGAAGAACUGGAAGUUGCUGUAGCUGUAGGAAAGCAAGAUACAGCAGAAAAUAUUCGGGCAAUGAAUGAAAGAGAGCUACAAACUAACAAAGAAAGACUAACGCAAAUACAAAUUAUUCAAGAGGAAAAAAAUGGCAUGAGCCGAGAAAUCGAGCAGCUGAGACAAGAACGGGAAGAGAAGCUGUCAGAGAGGGCUUUCAAGGAACAACAAGAAAUUGUCGAAAGUUUGAAGAGCGCUCGGACCGAGGUCGCCCUUCUCAAGAAUAUGAUGAAAGAGAUGAAAGCCGAAAGAGACGUCGCUGUGAAAAUUGCUACCGACAUGCUCCAAAAAGUGAACGGCGUCGAUCAGAAAGAAACUGAGCGGUUCAUCGAAGAGUCGUUAAAUUCGGAGCUAAUACGACUCAGGGAAGAAGAGGAACAGAAAUACGAAAAAGAAAGGCGGAGGACUAUUGAAGAAGGGGAGGACAACUACACUCCUCAUUGCGGCAGCAACUGCAUUCUCCACUGUGACAUCAGCGCGUUGGGUGACGGUCCGCUAACAAUUUGCAACAACCUCAACGACCUCAUCAUCGCCGUCCAGGACACCCCGGGCAGCUUGGAGGCCACCCGGGCGGAGAGUUCGAACAGUGAAAACAGCUCUGUCGACGAGGAGGGAGACGCCAACAAGAAACACCUGGUGACCCGCUCACCUGCUUUCCGAGCUUUUCUCAACUCCAUGGCUCCAAAAGAUUUAAGAACACCCCUGGGACGCUUUUCACCUAUUACAUCUGGUUCUUGAGCACCUCGAUCUCGGACCGGGCGCGCUCCAGACUCUCCAUCGAGUCCUUGCUGUUCCUUGAAAGUGCUCUCCGACAGCUUCUCUUCCCGUUCUCGCCUCAGUUGCUCGAUUUCUCGGCUCGUGGCGUUUUUUUAAACUCCCAACAAUUCAAUAAAAAACACGUUUAACAAAGAA